UUUUGGUAGUCCCCGAAUGCCGAGCCGCCUGGGACGGCACGUCUGUCAUGCAGCCUGCUCGGUAGAGUUCGCCUCGAAUCCUACGCAGGUCAAGCAGAAACAAAUUCUCCUGAAUAUCAACUGGGAUAUCGAAUACCGAGAAGCUGGUAAAGACGUACGGAAACGUGCUGAUGAUACCCAGGAUUCGAGCAUGGCCUAGCCAUGCCUGCCUUUCUUCUGCUUUUUCACCAUCAUCGUAUUCUAUAUGUAUCAAUGAUCAUUGAACCAAGAUCGACAGCUCGUCAUAUUUGUGGCUCACCUUCUUGGAUAUUUUCUAGUACUCAACAUGCGAUGGAACGAGGUGCUCAUCAUAGGGCUCACAGCAUUGAGUAGCGUUGUGCAUACAACUCUAGCACAAGAUGUCCUGAGUAUGCUACCACCAUGUGCAGCAACAUGCUUUCAGAAUAUUGUCACUGCCCAAAUGGCAUGCGCACCCACUGAUGUGCAAUGUAUCUGUGACAGUGUAUCCAUAAACGCGGCCAUCCAGACCUGCGUGGGUGGGACAUGCUCAGUCAAAGAGUCUCUCACUGCUGUCAACGUCACUUCCACCAUGUGCGAGAGGCCUGUUCGCGACCGAUCGAACGUCAUAUUCUUGACGGGUAUCACAGCGGGUUCCGUUGCGCUCGCCGCCGUCACCGUUCGCACGUGGUCCGCAAUCAGUCAGAACUCGUUCGGGCUAGAUGAUGUCUUUGCGAUAGCAGCCGAAGCAGCUUGUCUCCCUGUCACGGUGAUACAAUGUUACACGCCAAAGCUCGGUUUCGGAAAAGAUACUUGGGUAGUUCCUCAUAGCGACAUCUACAAAGUUUUGAGGCUGACCUACGGCUCCCAAAUAUCCUACUUCCUCUGCUGUGGACUCACCAAGCUCGCGUUCCUGUUCUUCUUCCUUCGCAUCUUUCCCUCGGAGACGACCCGCAAAUGGAUCUGGGUGUUCAUCGUCAUAUCAGUGCUCUGGACCAUCGCAUUCGCAUUCACAAUGACGUUUGCGUGUAGGCCCAUUUCUGCAGUAUGGACUUCUUGGGACGGAACGAGCACGCCGGACUACUGUAUCAACCAAAACCUGUUUUACCUGGUAGCAGCGGCGUUCAACAUUGGUCUGGACGUCGCGAUAGUCCUUAUACCAAUCCCGAACCUGAUGACGCUGAAACUCAGCUCGCGUAAGAAGGUCUUCCUCAGCGCAAUCUUUGGCGUUGGUGGCAUUACCAUCGUAGUGUCCUGCAUCCGCCUCAGCGCCGUCGCCAAAUACGCCACCUCAACGAACCCCAUGUACGACAACCUCAUGUCCGGCGUCUACUCCAUCCUCGAGAUCAACGUCGGCAUAAUUUGCGUAUCCAUGCCAGCCUUUCGAAGAUUCCUCGCUCAGCUGGUACCCAAGUGCUUUGGCACGACGCAGAACAACUCCGACCCAAACGAAGAUGACGACACACCUAAUCGGCCAUCGAAAAAGAGAGGCAAGCCAAGCAGAAGCAUGCUGGAUGCAAGCUUGUUCAACACUACGAUGGCGAGGACGGUAGACGAGACGCUAGAGAGUAUAGGAAAGGCAGACGACGAAGUACACCUCGUAGAGCUGCGAAGAAGUGGAUCAAAAACUUCGACGCAGAAUAUGGAUGGAAGUAUGCGAGGGCACGACGAGGAGAAAAUACCUCCUAGCUACCACGCUUCAUGAGAUUACGAACUAUGCUAUCACACAGCUUACGAUGACUAUACCCAUUGCUUAACUUUAGCGUUGUAUCCAAUUCUCUUUUAGGGCUCUCAGGUUUCAUACUCGUCUCCUAAGCUUCCCAAUUACACAUGCUCCUCACUACAUCUCUCUAUUAUCCCUCUAGAUAUCUCUCGCAUAAGCAAAAACAAAAACAUACAACAGCGAUUAUUCGCUUGUGGUCACCCACCAAACUACUAGUUCGCCGGUCAAAGG